GAGAGAUUGAAAAGAAUGAGUGGAAGGAGAGAGAUUGAAAAAGAAAUAUUAUUUUACUUUUAUGGUAGAAGUUUCAUUCCCUAAAUUUAGAGAAUCACUAUUCAUCAAAUCUAAAUUUAGGGAAUAGAUAGUGUAGUUGAUGCAAAAGUUUUUUAGUUGUCCUAUUCAAAAUUUAAGGUAAAAUUUUUGAAUAGGAUAGUUGAUGUGGAUGCUCUGACAAUUGACAAUUCGCUAGAUUGGAAGACAGGUGAGCAGAUGGUUGGGGAGAUAGAGUGUGGCACCAAAGUGGCUAAAACAGGGACACGAGAGAGAAAUGGCUGAUAUACUGGAUGAAGCUCAAGGUGGUAUGUCGUAAAGUGUAUGAUUACGUUCGGUAUGAUUUGAAGGAAAUCGCUUUCCCGUCAUCUCUUCCUGAUCCUCCACAUAUCAAGAAACGUAGGAAGCUCACAUGGAUAGAGCGCUGGUAUGUUUUAAAGGAAGCAACUAGGCUUUAUGCUGCCAGUUGGGUGCGGGACAUUGGCCCUGAUCUUAGGCCAAAUGAUUACAAAAAGAACAAUGCUGAUGAUAACGAAUUUGAUCGACAAAGUAGUCCAUUUGACAAGAAAGAACCUUCCAUGUUGGAAGAUCUUGCUGUUGCAGCUAGAGGUGGAAUGGAGACCCUAAGACCCGCUCUGCAGCACAUAUAUAUGACGCGUGCAUCAGCAUACAGAGAUGCUCUGAUAGCUUUUGUAGAAGGGUAUCAAGAAGAAUUAAAAAAAGUCAUGGAAGGAGAGAAAGUUGACAAGUUCCAUAGUCAAGAUGCUGAUGUAAAGAAACCAAACUGAUAUCUCUGGAAGAAAAUUAAUCAAGGUAUUCCACAACUCAUAGUGUUCAUCAAUCUGUACCUAGUUGUCAGUUCCUUUUUCUUUUUGAAACAUUAUAUAUCGCUUAUUUUAAUUGUAGGUUUCUUUCUUGUCUUUUGAAAUGACUUGUCCAAGUUGUUUGCUUUUUCUCUUUUUCUUUUGGCUAAAAUGAAAUAGUUAUCGAGUUGUUCUGAAGAUAUGUAUUGUUUAAAGUUUUGUAGUUUUUCUGUGAUUUAAAAUGAUCGAUAUAUUGAUAUGUACAUAAAAAAUCUUGUUGAACUUUGAUCCACCUAGGAUUU